CACUUCUGAGGGUUAACAAACCCAAGAAAUAAAUCUAGUUUCAUCAUAGCUUAGCUUUAUUGUUUGCUUCGGAAAAGGAAACAUGGAUAAAAGACCAGUUACUUGUCCGAGUUUCCGUAACUCACAUUUCGUCGAUAUCCAUGAAGUUCUGCCAGAAGAAGAGGAAGAGGAGGAGGAGGGAAUUGCAAGAGAGGCCGAGAAAGCGGAUAACUCAUUUAGCAGAAACACUAAAAUUAAUAGACAGAUGAAGAGAAGUGACGGGAGUUUCAAUAGGCAACUUUCACUUGAAACUGGUUUUUCAGUUCUUAGAAGUGAGUCCAAGGCUAAAGAUGGGAGGAAGGUUAAUCUUCCGAGAAGUGGAAGAAGUUUCGGAGGUUUCGAUUCGGUUACUAGGGUUGGCAUGGAAGGAAGGAGAGGAGACUUCAGUAUCUUCAAGACCAAGUCAUCAAAUCUGAGUAAGCAGAACUCUUUGUUGCCUACGAGAAAGGAAAGAGAUAUGGAGUUUCAGAGGACUAAUGAUGGCUAUGGAGGAGUUGAUGAAUUUGCUGAUGAAAGUGUUCCUGCUGGGAGAUACUUUGCUGCCCUUAGAGGACCUGAGCUCGACCAAGUCAAGGACUAUGAGGAUAUACUCCUCCCAAAAGAUGAGAAAUGGCCCUUUCUCCUCAGGUUUCCAAUUGGAUGCUUUGGUAUUUGUCUUGGCCUUAGUAGCCAAGUUGUCUUAUGGCAUGCUCUUGCCACUAGCCCAGCGACCAAGUUUCUCAACAUUUCACCCUUCAUAAAUCUUGCACUUUGGCUAUUAGCAGUGUCAGUCCUGUCCUGUGUCUCCUUCACCUACAUCUUCAAAUGCAUUUUCUACUUUGAAGCAGUGAAAAGAGAGUUUUUCCACCCCGUUCGGGUCAACUUCUUCUUCGCCCCUUGGGUUGUCUGCAUGUUCUUAGUCCUCGGACUACCACCUGCACUAGCCCCAGGCAAACUUCACCCAGCCAUUUGCAUCUUCAUGGCACCCUAUUUUCUUCUUGAGCUCAAGAUCUACGGACAGUGGCUUUCGGGCGGGAAAAGAAGGCUCUGUAAGGUGGCCAAUCCAUCUUCUCAUCUCUCAGUAGUUGGCAACUUUGUAGGGGCAAUUUUAGCUGCCAAGGUUGGGUGGGAUGAGGCUGCCAAGUUUUUGUGGGCAGUUGGCUUUGCACAUUAUCUUGUGGUUUUUGUUACUUUGUAUCAGAGACUACCAACAAGUGAAGCAUUGCCUAAGGAGCUCCACCCUGUGUAUUCCAUGUUUAUUGCAGCCCCAUCGGCCGCAAGCAUUGCUUGGGAAACCAUUUAUGGGGGGUUUGACGGGUUGUCGAGGACCUGCUACUUCAUUGCAUUGUUUCUCUAUGUUUCACUGGUUGUGAGGAUCAACUUCUUCACAGGGUUUAGAUUUUCAGUGGCUUGGUGGUCGUACACCUUUCCAAUGACAACUUUCUCAGUAGCCACCAUCAAGUACGCAGAACAAGUACCAUCAGUUCCAAGCAAGGGACUUGCAGUCACUCUUUCUCUCCUGUCGUCUGCAAUGGUGUCCGUAUUGUUUGUCUCCACUCUUCUGCAUGCCUUCGUUUGGCAAACGUUGUUUCCAAACGAUCUUGCCAUUGCCAUAACAAAGACAAGACUUGGCAAGGAGAAGAAACCCUUCAAAAGAGCCUAUGAUAUAAAGCGUUGGACAAAGCAGGCCCUAACCAAGAACAAUCUGGUAACCAAGGAUACAGGUGGAGCUAAAGAAGAGGACUAA